GAGCAAACUCCAACCACCAGAAGACUAUGCGCAUUAGGAGAUGCAAGAAGCGUACACUGAUGAAGACGUUCAAGACAGGCCUGAUUUGGAGAUGAGUGUUGUCAACAACCCCGAAGAUUAAUGCGAUAUUGAUGGGCCAAGGGUGCAGUUUUGAGGGACGUAUUGUACCUCCAAAAUUUCCGCUGUUGUGCGUCUCGAUGUUCUGCAGCAGUUAAUGAGUGGAUGGUGGGAUCAACAAUUAGGAAAUGUCGUUGUCCCCUCGUCAAGUCUGGAUGAGCGAGCAGUGGCAAAUGAGAUACAGAGGAGAUGCACCCUAUUGGAAGUUGGUUAUCGCAAUCAACUAACAUGAAUGGAUGAUGCUGGAACGGGGCGGGGCUUUGAAGAGUUACAUGGCAGCAGCACCUCUGGCAAAAGAUGUUGCUGGAAUUGUUGACGAUGAGCGGCAGUGGGAACAUGGGUGACGAUGCUCAUCGGAUUUUCCGUCGACGGGGUACACAUUUUCAGUAAAGAAGGGGAGAGGAGUUUAAGUCUGUCAGUGACUGAAAUGCACUCCAUGAGCAGGCAGAGGUAGCGGGUUCAAAGCCCACAAUCACCCACAAUCCCAACAUCCCCCCUCAGUGCGCAGUCCUCUGAGAACAUUACAAGCUCCUACUGCCUACUGAGAAGAGGUUCCGUCUUCGCAGGAAAAUGAAACACAUAAUAAAUCACAGAUUGGGGGAGGGGGGGGGAAAUAGGGCAGAACCAACAGCCAGCUAGGUAGCCAGAUUAGUGAGUGCAGACUCACCACACAAGCACUUUGUGAAACAGAUCAGUGCGCAGUCAAAUGCCUCUGGCAGAAAUGCUACCGUCUUCCGCCGAACACAAUGCACCGUCAUUAUGACUGCAUCGGGAUGGAAAGAUAGCUUGUAUACAUUCAGUAUGGGGUUGCGUUCUGUUCGGGGGAAGAAGGGGAAGACGCUAUCUUCUUCCCCCGAAUACAACGCACGGUCAUUAUAGCUGUAUCAAGACGGAAAGAUGCGUCAAAAACAGCUAUAAUGACCGUACGUUGUAUUCGGGGGAAAAAGGUAGUGUUAGAAUGCACUAAGACAGCCUGCAUGCAUGCGUGCGUGCAUGCGUGCAAAGGGGCAAGCGACGAAGGCAACCUCGAUGCUAAUGUCUGCAGAAUGUGGAGAGUCAGACCGGACUCUCCCAGUGACGAAGCCAUCCAAGCGCAUUGGCGAGCGAAGAGGAGGAGGAGGAUGGGAAGAAGAAGAGGCGGCGGCGGCGGCGGCGCAGGAGGAGGAGGAGGAGACUAUGGGGAAAAGAGAGGAGAAGGAAGACGAAGUUCGAUGCUAAGGUAUGCAGAAAGGAGAGUCCAACGGGACUCUUCCAGUGACGAAGCCAUCCAAGCGCAUUGGCGAGGGAAGAGGAGGAGGAGGAUGGGGAGAAGAAGAGGCAGAAGAGGAGGAGGAGGAGAAGACUAUGGGGAAAACAGAGGAGAGGGAAGAAGAGGAGGAGGACGAGACGAAGAAGAAGAGGAAGAAGAGGAAGAAGAAGGAGGAGAAGGACGAGGAGGCGGAGGAGAAAGCGGAGACAUACGAGACGAAGAAGGAGGAGGAGGCGGCGGCGGCGGCGGAGAUACACGAGACGAAGAAGAAGAAGAAAGGAGAAGGAGAAGAAGAAGAGGGUGAGGGGUUGUAAAAGCAUUCCAGAGAGACGGGCGGUGGGUAGGGAGGUAGGGAGGUAGGGAGGUAGGAAGAGAAGUCAAGAAGGGGUUAAUUUUCGUAUA